AUGUGGCAUACGUACUUUGGCAUGGCCGGUGCAAACAAUGACAUCACAAUUUUACAAUCUUCGAAUCUUUUAGACGAUGUCAUAGAUGGUGUUGCAUCAGAUACUUCAUUCUAUGCAAACGACGUGGAGUAUAAGUAUGGGUACUAUCUCACAUACGAUGACGAGAAAAGAAUGUAUUACAAGAAGAAACAACAGUCAGUAAGAAAAGAUAUCGAGCGGGUUUUCGGUGUGUUAAAAAAGAGAUGGUCUAUCAUUGCUCAGUCAUCGAGGAUACUUGAAAGAAGUAAAAUGAGAACCGUCAUGUAUACGUGCAUCAUCUUGCAUAACAUGAUAUUGGAGGACUCGGGCAGAGCGUUUUGUGGAGAAAGUUAUGAUGAAAGUAACCAACUGACGAACCCACUACUCACAUACGCUGAAAAAGAAGUUAUCCGAGCGAGGAUACGUGACAGAGACACGCACCAUAACCUUCGAGCUGAUCUGACCGAGCACCUAUGGUUUUAUCAUAAACAAGGAGGAGACGACGAAGACGAGUGA